ACUCUUAAAUUAAGUGGACCCCCACUGUCAGACGACACUGCCAUCCACAGAGCCAUGAUGCUAACGUUGCUAAAAGCUAGCUUACCGGCAGUUUGGUCCUGCCUCCGUGGGGGUGGGACCUACCGAGCUAGCUAACGGGGAAGAGAGAGCUGUGUUUAUCUGCCGCUGUCGUUCAUCUCCUCUGCUGCGGGUUAUCUCACUUUUAAGACCGAGAGGGAUCUCAACACAUUAACUGAACCUCAAAGUAAUCAGGAUGUCCAAGGAGCAGCAGGCAGUGGCUCGUGCCAGAAAAGCCUUUGAAACAGGCAGGUCCAAAUCUUUAGAGCACCGGAUCCGCCAGCUGAAGAACCUGCAGCGGUUGUUCAUUGAGAAACAGAGUGUGAUCUCAGAUGCCAUCAAGAAAGACCUCAAUAAGAGCGUGGUAGGGACCCAGCUGUACGAGACUCUAGGUCUGGAGGGUGAGAUCGGCCUGGCCAUUAAGAAACUGAAGGAGUGGGCGGCCCCUCGACCUGUGGAGAAGAACCUGAUGACCAUCUCAGACACUGUUUACAUCAAGCCGGAGCCUCUGGGAGUGGUCCUUAUCAUCGGGGCCUGGAACUACCCCUGGGCUGUCACCAUCCAACCGCUCAUAGGAGCCAUCGCCGCUGGUAAUGCAGCUGUGGUCAAGCCCUCAGAGGUCUGUGUCCACACCGCAAAGGUCAUGGAGGACCUGCUGCCGCUUUACAUUGACAAAGAGCUUUACCCCGUAGUAACUGGAGGAGUGUCAGAGACCCAGGAGCUGUUGCGUCAGAGGUUUGAUCACAUCUUCUACACCGGCAACAGCGUGGUGGGCAAACUGAUCAUGGAGGCUGCUGCCAAACACCUCACACCUGUCACCCUGGAGCUGGGCGGCAAGAGCCCCUGCUACAUUGACAAGAACUGUGACAUAACCAUAGCCUGCAGGCGUGUUGCUUGGGGAAAGUACACAAACUGUGGUCAGACUUGCAUCGCCCCCGACUACAUCCUGUGUGAGCCCAGCAUCCAGGACCAGGUCAUCGAAGAGGUUAAAAAGGCCAUAAAGGAGUUCUACACAGACAACCCAAAGACCUGCCCUGACUACGGACGCAUCAUCAACCAGCGCCACUUCAAGAGGAUAAUCAGCAUGUUGGAAGACAGCACCAUUGCUGUAGGCGGAGACAACAACGAGUCAGACUGCUACAUAGCCCCCACAGUGUUGCGGGAUGUGAAGCCAGAGGCGAAGGUGAUGCAGGAGGAGAUAUUUGGACCUCUGCUUCCCAUCUUGUCAGUCAGCAGCCUGGACGAAGCAAUCAAGUUUAUCAAUAAAGGAGAAAAACCUCUGGCUCUCUACGUCUUCUCAUCAGAUAAGCAGGUGAUAACGAGAAUGGCAGAUGAUACCUCCAGUGGAGGACUGCUGGCCAACGACUGUCUCGUGCACUUUUCUGUGAGCUCUUUGCCUUUUGGAGGAGUGGGAAACAGUGGUAUGGGCUGCUACCAUGGCAAGUACAGCUUUGACCAGCUGAGCCACCUGCGUGGUUGUCUCAUCAAGCAGCUGAAAAUGGAGGGCGUGAACAGCAUGCGAUACCCGCCUCACACAACCAAAAAACUGGGCUGGGCUCGCUUCUUCAUCCUGCAGACUGUAGACCUGGGCUGGGUUGGGCGGAUGGCGCUCUUAGCCAUCCUGGCUGUGGUGGCUGCUGUUGUGCUGCAGAAUUAUUUUCUUUAAAGACAUCCCACUGCUUCCCAGACAACAAGUGUGUUGUUUCCUCAGCCUUUAGGACCAGAGAGAAGAAAAGAACAACAUGAAUGGGACACUAUUUAUGUAUAAUCAGAUCAGCAUCUGCACGGGAACACAUUAAUACAGUGAAUGUUUAGUGUUCGGCCUUAAUUCAUUUUACAUUGUUUUAACACUGUCAGAAAUUUCACAUAGCACACUGUAGCAAGCAUCAUAUUUUCAUGAAGGUAAUUAUUUAUUCCAAUGUUUAGUUCUUACAUUUGUGUUCAGCAUUACUACAUUCCAUUUUAA